GAUCCGUUAUGAUAUGUGUGUUUGUGUGAGUGUGGACGCGGCGCGCCAAAGCGCUUAAGCUAGCUUAAAUGCUGAAACUAACUACGUACAGCAACUACGUAAAGUAACGUUAACUUAGUAACUAUCUAGUAACAGUAGUAACCUAACCUGUAGUUAAGUGGAGCAACAGCCCGACAUAUGAGCAUAGUUACGUGUGUGUGUGCGUCUGCGGCGCCCGCAAAAUCGGCUCAAACUCUUUUACUUAAACUCGCUUAAACGCCUAAACUAACUAGGCACCGUGCAGUAACUACGUAACGUUAACUAAGUUAGUAACGUAACGAUAUAGUACCAGUAAAUAACUUACCUGUAGUUAAGUGGAGCAACAGCCGGAGCAUCCCAUUUUGAGCAUAUACGUGUGUGUGUGUGUGGACGCGACGCACCAAUAGCUGUAAUAAUGAGUAAAAGGAGAUACGUUAAGUCUUGGUUGGAUGACCAGGCCGCCGCCACAGGUAACGACCAUGUUGACCAUGACCAUGAUUACGUUCCGGUGCCAGUCACCGUAUUCAAGAAUGUAAGUAGCGACGACGACUUCGAUGUGACGUCGAGCAGUGGAGAUUCGGAUGAGUCCGACCACAUUUCGCAGCAGGACGCCGCAUCAUGCCCGUCCACAGUGACUACGGUUAUAAACGUGUACGGCAUCCUCCUAAACAGUGGAAAUGCGGGCCAGGCGCUGCUAAAAAAGAAGCGCAAAAACGUAAAGCUCAAAGCGACGCAACAGAGGAAGCUCGUAACGCUUGUGGGAGAGUACUUUGUACAUAAUAACAUUCACAUGACGCUGGGAGACGCCAGAUAUUUAGAAGCCAACAUGCGAAGGGUUUUUCCGCUGGAGCAAGAGGAAAAGUGGUGUGAUAGGUUCUAUACCUGGUUCACCAACAGGAAAACAAGAGAGAAAAAAAAGGACAAGGCCGCCGAUAUCCCAAACUCCAAAUCUUCGGUGAACAGCAACGGUCCCCACAGGCUCCAAGCGGCUUUGGGACGUCCCCACCAAAAGUCCGACAGUCCCACAGAGACGGCGAGCAGUAGCAGCAGCAGCAGCAGCAGCAGCGGUUUCUCUUCCAGGGACAGCAGAGACCAACAUCGGCAGGAUACGGAUAAGUCGCAAACCAGCGCCAUUGCCAAGCGGGAUACCUUCGCAUCGCAGCAGCAGCAGCAGGCGGCCCUCUCGCAGGAGACUGUAGUGAAUCGCUCCAGACUGGCCAUUGAGGCAGCAACGAGGCGCUAUGGGGCGUCAGACUAUGCGCCACAUCCCACAGGGAUAGUGUUGCGACGCGUGGGCUACUACACGAUACCCUCGCUGGAUGAUCUCAAGUCCUACCUGGCCGAGGAUGGGUCCUGUGUGGUGCCCAAUUUCACCAUUGGACGCGAGGGCUAUGGCACUGUGUUCUUUGCCAUGGAAAUGGACGUGGCUGGACUGAAUCUGGAUGAGAUUGUUUACUUCCGUAACAAGGGGAUCAUCAUUUAUCCUGACGAUGAGAAGAGGCCGCCUAUCAACCAAGGCCUGAAUCGUGAGGCACAAGUCACCCUCGAGCAGGUAUGGCCCGUGGACAAGACCCAGCCUGUGCCUGUUGUGAAGGAUGCGCAGCGUCUGAUCGAAAUGAAUUGGGAGGGACAUCUGCGUUGCGCCUGCUAUGCAAACGAUACGCGCUUCGUCGAGUAUCGCCCAGAGACCGGCAGUUGGGUGUUUUGUGUGAAGCACUUCUCCAAGUACGGCCUGGACGAGGACGAUAACAAGAUGACGCUCCAUUCGUUGCGGCCCAGCGUGUAUCCGAUGAUAUGCGGCACAAGGUUCCGCGGCCAGUGACACAUCCGCGCGCACGCUCUUCUUCUUCGCGAAUUUCGUUCUUUGACAGAAA